CCACAAAACUAAUAUAUUUAAUUUAUACACUUAAAUAUUCCUUUCCCUUCCAAAAUUGCUUCUCAGCUUGUUUGCCAAACAUUUUAUUUGAAGAAAAAAGAUUUUUGCAUAGGAAAGACAUGCAGAUCUUUGUGAAAACACUUACAGGGAAGACUAUUACUCUCGAGGUUGAGAGCUCCGACACCAUUGAUAAUGUGAAGGCUAAGAUUCAGGACAAGGAAGGAAUACCUCCUGAUCAGCAGAGAUUGAUCUUUGCCGGCAAACAGCUUGAAGAUGGUCGAACUAUUGCGGAUUAUAACAUCCAGAAGGAAUCGACCCUUCACUUGGUUUUGAGGCUUAGGGGAGGAACUAUGAUCAAGGUCAAGACUCUCACUGGAAAGGAAAUCGAGAUCGAUAUCGAACCAACUGAUACCAUUGAUCGGAUUAAAGAACGUGUUGAAGAAAAAGAAGGAAUUCCACCUGUGCAGCAAAGGCUCAUUUAUGCUGGCAAGCAGCUCGCGGACGACAAAACCGCUCGUGAAUACAAUAUUGAGGGUGGCUCCGUGCUUCACCUCGUGCUUGCACUGAGAGGAGGAAGCCUUAUCAGAAACGUCUAAUGGCAUAAACUCUAUGGUUUGCAUACUUUGCAAUGUGAUCUGUGGUGAUCGAAAAACAUCAUCUGAUAAUUUUCUUGACAUGUUAUAGACGUGUUCUGUUUCUUCUAGUAAUCCAUGGCUCACUGAGGAAGUUUACUUAUCUACUUCCUGCUUUGAAACUGGGAAACUUUUGAGACAAUCAAAAGAAAUAAACUUCCUUCUGCAUGAAUUCCCUGCCAA